AUGGCAGAAUUAAAGUUUCCUCACCCUAAAGAGAAGCUACUUCCAGAACAAAUUCAAUGCGUACAACCGCCGCAUCAGUCAGUGGGCGUGACAAUAGUUGAUAAAUUCAAAGGUUCUCUGUUGGGCUUAGCCGUCGGUGAUGCAUUAGGCGCAAGUGUUGAGUUUCGUCCACGACAAUAUCUCGUCGAUCGCCCUAUAGCAAAUAUGCAAUCGGGAGGGACAUGGGGUCUUCAAGCUGGACAAUGGACAGAUGAUACAUCGAUGGCUUUGUGUCUUGCUUCAUCACUCAUUAGUCGAAAAGGUUUUGAUCCAUACGAUCAAUUGGUACGAUACAAGUGGUGGUACAAGCAUGGUUAUCUAUCUUCAACCGGACGCUGCUUUGAUAUUGGCAAUGCGACACACAAAUCAUUGGAUGAAUUUUGUCGUCGUCAGAAUGAGUGUCAGCGACGUUUGAAUUCUGUUAGUGAAGAGCAAAUGGACAAGUUUUCAUAUGAAGAAAUGUAUCGAGCAAAAUUUGACGUCAAUUGCGGAGAAUCAAAUGCAAACGGUAAUGGUGCACUAAUGCGUCUUGCACCUGUACCACUCUUUUUCUAUCGUGAACCUGAAAAGGCCGUCGAAUAUUCAGGACGAAGUGCUCGUCUAACACAUGGUGAUCCAAGAGCAGUCGAUGCAUGUCGUUACUAUGGAGCUCUCAUCGUUGCGGCAAUACACGGCGAAAGGAAAGAAAGUUUACUCGAUUCUAACUUUUGUACUAAACAUCGAGCUUGGUUUGGAAAGAAUGAACUUCACAGCGAAGUACUUGCUGUAGCAACCGGGUCAUUCAAAAAAGAUGGUGGAUAUGCAAUGGGAAUUCGAGGUAGUGGUCAAAUCAUAAAAUCACUUGAAGCAGCUUUAUGGGCAUUUUGGAAUGAUCAGAACUCUUUUAAGACAGGAGUACUCAAAGCAGUGAACCUCGGUGAUGAUACGGAUACAACAGGAGCUAUUUAUGGACAAUUAGCGGGUGCUUAUUAUGGUUCUAGCCAAAUUCCUCAAGAAUGGAUGCAACAACUCUAUGCCAAAAAAUUUAUUUCUUGCGUCGCUGAAUGGCUACAAGUGUUAGGAGAUCCGCGUUUUUUAGUACAAAAGCCGCAUCAUCAAGUGCUGGAAAACCUGCACUUUACAACACAGCCAUUACAGCAACAAUUGCCGACCAGAAUGUCUCAAACAAUGGGACAACAAUUCGAUCAAUACAAUAAUACUCGUCAAAAUCCAUUAAGAGUCGUUACAAAUCCAACUCAUGGUCAGUCUAUUAUAACUUCUCAUUCGACGACACAAAACACAACAAAGUAUAAUAUGCAUACAAAACCUGGUCCUGGUACUCAUAAAACCACAAAUGUCACAAAAAACACUGGAAAGCACUCGUCAUCUUGGGAAUGGUUUAGACCUUAA